GCCGCCGCAAUGUUGCCUGAGAAGCGGAUUUCAUCGCCCGACGACGUCGAGCGCUUCAAGUCGACGUCGGCUUACAAGAAGCUGGUUUCGUUUGUGCAGACGCUGGCUCACGAUGUUGAAGGCAGCACUAUCCAGGAUGUUGGGCCUGGCUCCGAGGCUGUCCAACGCAUUGUGCAGGCCAUUGAGCGCUUGAAUGCCCUCAUCGACGAGACGCCGCCGGCGGAGCAGCGAGCCCGUUUCGGCAAUCCCGCCUUUAAGGAUUGGUUCGCCAAGAUGAAAGAGCUUGUGCCCGAGUUGGUAGAUUCCAUCGUGGGCGCCGCCAACCAGGGGCACGUUGAAGAGCUUUCUCUGUACUUGUCGGAGAGCUUUGGCAACGCCACACGCAUCGACUAUGGCAGCGGCCACGAGUUGAAUUUCGUCGCAUUUCUCUGCUGCCUUGCGCUUCUUCGCGUGGUAACGCCUCAGGAUGGACGAGGACUCUGCCUCGUUGCCUUUAAUCGGUACUUGGCGUUGGUGCGACGAAUUCAGACGACAUACAACCUUGAGCCUGCCGGCAGCCAUGGCGUUUGGGGUCUUGAUGACUUUCAAUUUCUGUGCUAUUAUUGGGGUGCUGCCCAACUCGUUGGCCAGGACGACAUGGUUACGCCCAAGGCCAUCCCGGAUGAAAAGGCGGCCAAGGCACACGGCGAAGCCAACCUUUUUUUUGCUGCGCUGGCCUUUAUUCACCGGACAAAGACAGGUCCUUUCCAUGAGCACUCGCGCUUUCUCUUUGACAUGAGUGGUGCCGCCUCAUGGUCCAAGGUUUACAAGGGCUUGUUCAAAAUGUACAAGGAUGAAGUUUUGCACAAGUUUCCCGUGAUCCAACACUUCUUUUUUGGCUCACUGCUGCCGUUUGAAGCUGGCUCUGGUCAGAGCACACCUGUUGGGGUUGCAGUCACAACACCCGCGCCCACAGCUCGCCCCGUGGAUCCAGCCCGUGCCGCACCGGGUGAAAUGCCUCUGACCGGGUUUCCUGGCCGUGGCGGCCCCACGCACUUCAAUCCCGACUUGGUACGGGGACCUCCCGUGGAGAUGCGGACUGGCACGGCCCGCGUUGCCGAAACGGGCUCCUUUCGUUGAGACACGCCGUACUGCCCAUUUUGCUUUCCUGCUCCGGCUUGGAUAGCUUGAACCGUUGUUUUCCAGGUACAUACAUGUAACGAAGAAAUGAAAU